AACAAUAUUCCAGCAACCAUUGGGCUGCCGCUGUCGCCGCAUGCACAUACCCCCGGCGGAGAAUUCACUGGACAGGCGGUAUAUGUUGGAGUUGGCCAACGAGACAAUUAAACGGGCUCUGGAGAUUUACCAGCCGGCUGAGAUAAUGCUGUGCUUCAAUGGAGGCAAGGAUUGCACUGUCCUGUUGGACCUUUUGGCUAAACUGAGCACACCAUCGCUGCAGGCGGUCUAUGUCAAGCGUGCUGAUACAUUCGAGGAGCUGGGUAACUUCGUCGAGAAUUGUGCGGAGCGCUAUCAACUGCAGAUCAAGAGCUACGAGAGCGCUCUCAAGGUGGCCAUUAAACAGGCGCUGGGCGAGCACCCCCAGUCUGGCUGCUCGCAGUUGACGGAGAUGGUGCCCAGUGACAAUGGAUGGCCAGCAAUGAUGAAUUUUCCGCUGCUCGAGUGGAGCUAUCACGACAUCUGGAACUAUAUUCGAGAUCAGAAGUUGGGCUACUGUUGCCUCUAUGAUCAAGGCUACACGAACCUCAAUCCAAGUCUAUUGUACUAUGACAAAGAGCAUGGCAAGCAGAUCUAUAGAGCUGCCUAUGAGCUGCAGAAUAUCCGUGAUGAGAAUGGUCAGGCAUAAAGCGGAUUAUAAAAUACCAUUUCUCAUAAAAUAAAA